GGCAACUGAUAUAUCGCUAACGUUUAUCACCUUUGCUUGAGCUGUGGUGUGAUCCAGUUUGAGGGCCAAGCUGGAAAGUGAUCAUUGGCUUCUGAAAGUGAUAUAAAAAAACAAGGGAACAAGUUGCUGAAGCCUCAAACGCGAUCGUAAUUACAGAUGUUACCGUUACCAAGAAAAUAUGCUUGUUCGUUGUUACCUGUUGGCUACCUAACGUUAGCUUGCUACGUUCACUAGCUAGCUGGCUAAUGUUAAAUAGCGUUUGCUAGUUCACAAAUGUUAGAUUCAGCGCUCAUAAAAGAUAACUAGCAAACGUCAGCUACAAAGCUAUGUCGUUGAAGUUAACGUUAGAUGGAACUUUAGUAAAUUAGGUAAUGUUACCUUACAAGCACAAAGAAUCGUUAGGUUGUCUAAACUUAUUGGGUAGACACGAUGGCAAGUAAUGUUAACGUUACAAAAUUAGUACCGCUGUUCGGCAAUGAUAUCGGUGAUUACGGGUCCAGUGACAUCCACCUGUUCCGGGGUAUGGAACGUCUUGGCCCAGUCACAAGCUGUAGGAAUGUGAAGCUCGCUGUGGGAAAACUUUCAGUAGCACCUAAACUAACACAGACUAUCGCAAAAAGGAAGGGAAACCAAUGGAUUCCGUGUUUACAAGACAGGUCAAAAGAAAUUAAGGGGUUGGAGCGCAGCUGUGUUGUAGAAGGGUCCACAUACUCCUCUUUCAUAUCAAGAGAUCGUGAUCCGAAAAUGACAAGACUUAGUUUUGAACAUAAUAUCCCAGAUAUAGAUGUCUCGGGAAGGAAUUUUCAGCUUGAAGCGAAGUGGAUGGGGCAUAAAACAGAUUCCAAGUAUGAUUUCAGAGAGAGAAGGUUAUCCAAACCAUGUUCUUUCAUACCACCCCUUCUUCGGGAGGACCAUAGAUCCAACCAUAUACAUAGAUUUAUGCUACACAAAGAACUUUCCCGCAGUCCUCCCAAGUCAUUUGCCAUAAGCUCGUAUGAUGGAUAUGAUCUUACUUCAGAUCCAGCCAUUGUGUUCCCAGUUACUGCCCUGUCAUGUGGAAAGUCCACUGCUUCAACUGACACUCAUAUAAACAGACCAAGAGGAAAUAAUCAAACAUCUGGUCUGUUCAGAAUUGGUGCCAAUAAGAAAUCUUACACGUACAUUGAUCCCGCCUAUGGAGGCUCUGCCUCCUUUAUGGCGAGACUCUCCGAGAUGGCUUCCCUAGAGGCUGACACCAUAAGACAAGAGAACCUUAAGAAGCUGAAGAAAACCAAGAGACUUGAGUCGUAACCUCUCUGUCUUAUCAGCAAGAAGGGAUCCAGAGGUGUAUGGGAUCCUUGCACUGCCAAAGUAAAACAUUUUCUAGAAAACAAAAGAAAGAAAUACCUUUAAAAAAAAAAAAACGUUGUGUAUUGCAUUUGUGUA